GACUAAUGCACCUCGAACAGUCGAUUAUUCGAGAUACACGCUACUCCCCUACGCCCGCUACCUACACGCAAACCUACUUCCGCGGGCGACGCGAUUAUUUUUCUCGCUGCGGGCUGAGAUAUAUGAGUAUGUUUACACAUUAUGCACAGUAUAGAAUAAUAAUCUCCGUGCCAAUGUUCUAUGCAGUUGAGAGACGAGCGCAUUUUCAAUCGGUCGAUUGCUCCAAUUUGACACGCUAAUCAACUGCUAAACAUUUUGAUGCUUUCUUUCGCGUCGAACGAAUUGCAAUUGUAAAUAGACCUGGUCAAUAAUUCAGAAGAACAUUAAAAGGCAGCUGAUUGCUCAAAAAAUGAAGCAGAAGAGACAGACCGGAGCUGGUGGAAUGGUGCAGGCUUCCAACGUAUCCAGUGCUGGACUUACUGGUCGUACAGCAUGGCAAAAUGAUUCACAUGGUAACCCAGAUACAAGUACACUACCUGGAAAUAGGACUAUGGAGACUGAUGGAACUACAGAUGUUAGUAGUGAAGGUGUUUUUUACGAUGGAGCAGAUGAAGAAUCUUCUCCAGUGGAGCUUCUAUCCCCAACAGAAACACUUGCAUGUGCAUCUCCUCUUAGAGUGGCACCAUCAGAUGGACCUAUGACAGUCUAUAACAGAGAUAAUCAUUCUUCGAGUCCAGAGUUGGAAGGAAAUGUUGAGGGAAACAUUGAACAGUUUGUGUUACAACCAGCUAAUAAGAAAAUGCAUUACAAAUGCCGUAUAACAAGAGAUAGAAAAGGAAUGGAUCGUGGAUUUUACCCAACAUAUUUCCUUCAUUUAGAACGGGACUAUGGCAAAAAGGUAUUCCUCUUAGCUGGGCGUAAGAGGAAAAGAAGUAAGACUAGUAACUACUUAAUAUCUACUGAUCCAACUGAUCUAUCUCGAGGCGGCGAGGCCUUCGUCGGCAAAUUGAGAUCAAAUUUGUUGGGGACUCAGUUCACUAUAUACGACAACGGUUACUCUCAAUUGAAAGAUGAUAAACGAGAAGAGCGCCGUUCUCAUCCCAGACAGGAGCUCGCUGCUGUGAUAUACGAUACAAACGUUUUGGGAUUUAAAGGGCCACGUAAAAUGACUGUUAUCAUUCCAGGCAUGACACCGGAUCAAAAACGAGUCGAGAUAUGUCCUCGAGAUGAAUCUGAAACUUUAUUAGAAUGUUACAAGUCGAAAAAUAUGGAUAAUCUCAUAGAAUUGCAUAAUAAAACACCAGUAUGGAAUGAUGACACGCAAUCGUAUGUCCUCAAUUUCCAUGGUCGCGUCACACAGGCUUCAGUUAAAAACUUUCAAGUAGUUCACGAUACCGACGUGGAUUACGUUGUUAUGCAGUUCGGCCGCGUAGCAGAAGAUGUGUUUACAAUGGAUUAUCGAUUUCCUCUGUGCGCGCUUCAAGCGUUUGCUAUAGCUCUCAGUAGUUUCGACAGUAAACUAGCAUGCGAAUAAUACGCUUCAAAGAGAUGUAAGGCAUGAGUCCAUAUAACUGAACGCGACACGCGACAGACAAUCAUUUUUAAACGAUUUGCUCAGCUUUAAAAGUUGUACAGUUGCAAAUUGUGCAAAUGCCAUAUCAGCUGUCGAUCUAAUCGAAAACGACAAAUGAACGGGCCAAACGAAGGCCCUGUAGAAUUGUAAAAAAAUAUUAUGUACAGUCGACGUAUCGCGUUUGGAUGUAGGAGAUUCCGUGAUAAAUCUCAUUAUAUCUUUGUCACGGUUUUACGAACAAUGUUUGUCUCACGAAUCUAUAAAGAUAAAUCAAAUGGUUUUUGCGCGUAAAUUGUUCAUAUCGUAAAACUGUAAAUCAUUAAGAAAAAGAGUAGGAAAAAUCGAUGCCUAUAAUUUUAUUUUUAAUGUAGGUUUUUUAUGCGGAAUAAUGUAGAUAAUGAUUUUUAUCAUUUUAUUGGUCAAUUAUAUUUUUACAUAAAAAAAAAAAAUUAAAAUAAAAAAAAACAUACAAAAUAGUCAAGAAAGCUUGGUUUUGUUUUAAAAUACUUCAUCAUAAAAAAACUAUUUUAUUACUUGACGAAUUUAGAUUUUACGCAUCAGAUAAUCAUCUAGGUUAUUGUCAGGCUAUAAUGUAAGGUCAAUUGGUUUAUAUUUAUAAAUGAGACAUAAAAUUGUGCAAUGCUCUUUGAUGACGUAAACAGAGGUUUGCUUAAAAUUUGAACUUUGAAGCCACGAUUAAGCUUUACAGAAACUACCGGUCAAUUUUCAUAAUGACAAAUGAAUUUGUCUAUUGUAUGUUAUACAUAAAAGAAUGGUCUUUAUGUGUUCAAUUCAAAAUAUAAAGUAAAAAAUGGAUAAAGCGAAUUGCCGCAUUACUGAUGUAGUGCGACCACAUUACAGUAUUAUUUGUAGAAAGCGAGACAUCAAGCAGCAUUUUUUAUAGGAUAAAUUCGAAGAUCUUGAAGAAUCGUACUUAAUUAACUUUAGAACUGAUCUUUGAGCACGGAUAUUGUAUAUUGAACGAUGUGAGAGGCGGCUAGUUACACCCGCGUAAUAAUUUUAAUAGAAUGAAAGUCAGAAUUGUGAGAAAAGGUUUGAAAUAAGAAAAGGAUUGACUGCUACAUGAGUUAUGUAUGUAUGUAUGUUGUUACAAAAUGGCAACUUAAACACGUUAGCUAAUUGUCAACAGAAUAAAGCAGCAUCCCACUAACUUUAUCACAGAUUCAAAAUGCAUUUGUCUAUUUUUAAUAAGCAAUCGAUGUAUUCAUGUCUUUCAAACAAACGAAAAAUAUUGUGUAUCAAGAUUUUUUCGUAAUAAUGAUUUCAUCGCAUGUAUAUUGAGACAUCUUAUUUAAUUGCGCAUUACUUGAUCAUAUACCAUAAUCCACAAGCAAUACAGCAAACGAAAAGAAAUAUGGCAUUCCAUGUGUCUAGUCCAACAAAAAGUUACAGAUGACAGGAAUUAAUGAAAUAUUUUGCAGUAGUUUUUCUUGUGUUACGUAUCGAUAAUCUGAAGACAUUAGGCACUCUGUUUUUGGAAUAAUAAACUUUUUUUUCACAAUCA